AUGAAAACAAUCGGCAUAAUCGGCGGAAUCGCCUGGCCCAGCACCCUAGUCUACUACAAAACCAUAAACGAAUACUUCAAGACACGAACAAAGACCAACGGCCUGCACACGCCAAAUCUCAUCCUCACGCAGACAGACUUCGCCCUUAUCGAACGCGCCCAGACACAAGGGGACUGGGACGAAGUCGGCCGUCUACUCACGAUCGAGGCAGCAAAGCUUAAACGGGCCGGUGCGGACUUCCUUCUCUUAGCGUACAAUACUGAACAUACGGCGGAUGCAUAUAUCACCCGGCAUGCGCAGUUGCCUAUGCUUCAUAUUGUUGAUGCGGCGGCGCAGCGCGUCGUUGCUAGGGGCGUUACCACGGUUGGAUUGUUGGGGAGUCGGUAUACCAUGACUGGGUCUUACUUUGUAGGAAGGCUGGAGGAGAAAUACGGGCUUAAGGUAUUGGUUGCGGAAGGGGAGCAUGAGAUGAAUGUCCACAAUGCGCUUUAUCAGGAGCUUGCGAAGAAUGUCUUUCUUCCCGAAACACGGGCUAGGUUAAGAGCUGCUAUUGCGCAUUUGGUUCAGCAUGGUGCGCAGGCUGUUAUCCUAGGGUGUACGGAGUUUGGGAUGUUGGUGGGCCAGGAGGAUAGUGCUGUGCCUGUUAUUGAUACCAGUAUAGUCCACGCUGAAGCGGCGGUUGAGGUUGCACUGGACGGUGAUACAGUUAUACCAGAAUGA